CGGGUACAGGAGGAGGGAGGUGGAUAAAAGGCAGGCGCUGCAGGCCCUUGGGACAUUGACAGCAGCCCAGGACCAGGAAGGAGGAUGAGGAGACCUCUGCUGCUGCUGUUGGCCUCUCUGGCCUUUGCUUCCCUGAAUUCUAUGGCAGAUGGAGCUGAAAUGAAGGUCUUGUCUGCUCCCAACUUGCUGAGGGUUGGAACACCAGAAAACAUCUUUGUGGAGUGUCUUGACUGUUCCGGUGGAAACAUUCAGGUUGAAAUCAGUGUGAUGAACCAUCCAACCAAAAACAAAAGGCUGGAUACCACAUCAGUGACGCUUACCAGUGGUAAAUACUUUCAGGAGCUCGCACAAGUAACGAUCCCUCCUGGAGACUUCAGUAAAGAUCCCAGCGUGAAGCAGUAUGUUUACCUGCAAGCUAAGUUCCCUGACCGUGUGCUGGAGAAAAUCGUCUUAGUGACUUUCCAGUCUGGGUACAUCUUCAUACAGACCGACAAGACCCUCUACACGCCAAACACUAAAGUCCAUUACAGGAUGUUUGCUCUGACGCCCGGGAUGGAGCCUGUAGAGAGGGCUGAUGCUUCUAUUAGCAUUGAAGUUGUGACCCCCGAGGAAAUAAUUUUACCAGUUGAUCCAGUAUUUUUGAAAUCAGGAAUCCACACUGGAGACUACCAACUACCUGAAAUUGUUAGUCCUGGACUGUGGAAGAUAGUGGCAAAGUUCACCAGCAACCCACAGCAGAGCUUUUCUGCAGAGUUUGAGGUCAAAGAAUAUGUGCUUCCCAGUUUUGAGAUAAAACUGACAACACUUGUCCCCUUCUUCUACGUGGACAGCGAAGACCUCACUGUCAGCAUCCAAGCUACCUAUCUGUUCGGUAAGGAGGUGGAUGGAACAGCCUAUGUGGUAUUUGGGAUAAUUGAUGAGGGUCAGAAGAAGAGCAUGUCUAGCUCUCUUCAGAGAGUGUCGAUUCAGGAAGGUAAAGGAGAGGCCACACUGAAGAAGGAGCACAUCACACAAACCUUCGGAGACAUCCUCCCCCUUGUGGGGAGCUCCAUAUUUGUAUCUGUCAGUGUGCUGACAGAGAGCGAUAGUGAACUGGUGGAAGCAGAGUUGAGAGGUAUCCAGAUCGUCACAUCACCUUACCGCAUCGUCUUCAAAAAAACUCCCAAAUAUUUCAAACCAGGAAUGUCCUUCGAUGUUGCGGUUGAAGUUUUGAAUCCAGAUGACACUCCAGCUAAAAAUGUUCCAGUGGUGGUCAGUCCAGGUGAAGUGCAGGGCAGUACUGCAAGCAAUGGCUUGGCAAGGCUUACCAUCAAUACAGUGGCAAACAAUCAACCACUGGAAAUCACUGCAAGGACUAAUGCUGCUAUUCCAGGUGAUAGACAAGCAACUGCCUCCAUGGUAGCUACUGCUCACAAAAGCACCAGUUUCAUCCACAUUGGUGUGGAUGCAGCUGAGUUGGAAUUAGGAGCAAACAUGAAAGUCAAUCUCAACCUCAACAGUCAAUUAAAUGCACAUACUGACAUCACAUACCUGAUCUUAAGCAGAGGUCAGCUGGUGCGUCAUGGACGCCACAGGACACAAGGCCAAGUACUGAUUUCCCUGACGAUUGUCGUGACCAAAGACAUGCUGCCAUCUUUCCGCAUCAUUGCUUACUUACAUCCAAAUCCUAAUCAAGUGGUGGCAGACUCCUUGUGGGUGGAUGUAAAGGACACGUGCAUGGGAAAGCUGAAGCUGGAACCAACAAGGCUUGUUCCAUCCUAUGAACCUCGUAAGAUGUUUGGCCUGAAAGUGACAGGAGAUCCAGGGGCCCAAGUGGGACUGGUGGCCGUUGACAAAGGCGUCUACGUCCUCAACAACAAGCACCGCCUCACCCAGAAAAAGGUGUGGGACAUAGUAGAGAAGUAUGACACAGGAUGUACACCAGGUGGAGGGAAGGACAGUAUGAGUGUGUUCUUCGAUGCUGGGCUGGUGUUUGAGACAAGUGCUGGUUCUGGGACUCCCUACAGACAAGAGCCGAAAUGUCCUGCCCCCAGCAGGCGGAAGCGAGCCACUACUUUAAUGGAGGUCACAACCACUUUAGUGAGCAAAUAUAAAGAUGACAAACUACAAAAAGAGUGUUGUUUGGAUGGCAUGAAGCCCACCCCAGUUUCAUACAGCUGUGAAGUGCGCUCUGAAUACAUUGUGGAUGGUCAAGCCUGCAUCGAUGCCUUCCUGGACUGCUGCAAACAGAUUGCAAGCCAGCUAGAAUUGAAAAAGGAGGACAGCCUCCAGCUAGCUCGCAGUGAGGAAGAUGACAGCAGUUACUUGGACAGCAACGAUAUUGUUACUCGCACUAAUUUCCCUGAAAGCUGGCUGUGGAUGGAUAUCAAACUGCCUGAUUGUCCUCGACAAACCCCUCAGUGCGAUGCCACAAUAUUUCAGAGAAAUAUUCCUUUGCAAGACUCCAUCACCACCUGGCAGUUCACAGGCAUCAGUCUGUCAAGAACUCAUGGUAUCUGUGUCGGUGAUCCAUUAGAAGUAAUUGUCCGCAAGGACUUCUUUAUUGAUCUCAAGCUGCCUUAUUCUGCCGUCCAAGGAGAGCAGCUAGAAAUUAAAGCAAUCCUCCACAACUACAGCCCUGAUAUUGUCACUGUGCGUGUGGAUCUACUUGAGGAGCAACAUCUGUGCAGUGCUGCCUCUAAACGUAAAAGGUUUCGUCAGGAGGUCACAGUUGGGCCAUCUACCACUCGGUCUGUACCCUUCAUCAUUAUUCCCAUGAAGGAAGGAGAACACAAAAUUGAGGUUAAAGCAGCUGUUAAAGACUCAUCACUCAGUGAUGGAAUCCAGAAGAUGCUGAAGGUGGUGCCUUUAGGUGUCCUGGUUAAACAUCCUCAGACUGUAACUCUAGAUCCCACCACUAAAGGCGUAGGUGGUACACAAGAAGAAAUUCUGAACAGUGCAAUUCCCAAGAGUGAUAUGGUCCCAAACACACCAAGCAGCACUCAGAUCUCAGUGACAGGGAGAGAACAAGUAGCUGCACUGGUGGAGAAUGCUAUUAGUGGACAAUCAAUGGGCAGUCUGAUUAAGCAGCCCGGGGGCUGUGGAGAGCAGACCAUGAUUGGGAUGACCCUGCCCGUCAUUGCAACCAUAUAUUUGGACAAAACCAACCAAUGGGAAACUGUGGGCUUUCAGAAGCGCGAUGAAGCCCUUGCACACAUAAAAACUGGCUACAACAACGAGCUUUCUUAUCGUAAAAAGGAUGGAUCCUUUGCGGUAUGGGCUCAUAUACAAAGCAGCACCUGGCUGACAGCCUAUGUUGCCAAGGUGUUUUCCAUGGCUCAGACUCUGAUUGCAGUGGACACCUCAGUGAUCUGUGGUGCUGUAAAGUUUCUCAUUCUCCAAGCACAGCAACCUGACGGAAUGUUUAAGGAAGUUGGACCAGUGUACCAUGCAGAGAUGAUUGGUGAUGUGCGCGGCACAGAUUCCGAUGCCUCCAUGACGGCCUUCUGCCUGAUUGCCAUGCAGGAGUCACGCACUUUAUGUGUGGAAAAUGUCAAUAGUCUGCCAAGCAGCAUAGACAAAGCAGUGGCCUACCUGGAGAGGCGUCUGCCCAGCCUCACUAACCCCUAUGCCGUUGCCAUGACAUCGUAUGCCCUGGCUAAUGAAGGCAAACUGAACAAGGACAUCCUCUACCCGUUUGCUUCCCAAGACGGAUCCCACUGGCCUGUACCUAAGGGACAUAUUUACGCACUGGAGGCCACAGCAUAUGCUCUUCUAGCUCUGGUCAAGGCCAAGGAGUUUGAAGCAGCCAGACCUGUUGUGCGAUGGUUCACCAGACAACAGAAGGUGGGCGGAGGCUAUGGAUCAACUCAGGCUACUAUUAUGGUGUAUCAGGCUGUAGCAGAGUACUGGGCCAGUGCUCAAGAGCCAGAUUAUAACUUAAAUGUGGACAUCAAAUUGCCAGGCAGGUCAAAGCCUGACAAGUUCAACUUCAACCGAGAAAACCACUAUGCCACAAGAACAUCUAAAGUAAAUGACAUAAACAAGAAUAUAACAGUGGUUGCCAAAGGAACAGGAGAAGCAACAGUGACAAUGGUGUCGCUGUAUUAUGCUAGGCCAAAAGAAAUGUCCAGCCACUGUCAGAAGUUUAACUUGUCUGUGGAGCUCCUCACAGAGAAAGUUAGAGAUGAUGAGACUGUAUACAGGCUGAAAAUAGAGGUUUUAUACAAAGACAAGGAGCGUGAUGCAACCAUGUCAAUCUUGGAUAUUGGCUUGCUAACUGGUUUCACAGUCAACACAAAAGACCUGGACUUACUGUCUAGAGGACGUGCCCGGAUGAUUGCGAAAUAUGAGAUGAACACAGUCCUGUCAGAAAGAGGUUCACUCGUCCUCUACCUGGAUAAAGUUUCUCACAAACGACCAGAGGAGAUCUCUUUUAGGCUCCAUCAGAAAAUGAAAGUGGGCGUUUUACAACCUGCAGCUGUGUCUGUCUAUGAAUACUACAACCAAACGGACUGUGUGAAAUUCUAUCAUCCAGAGAGGCAAGAAGGACAACUACUGACGCUCUGUUUGCAUGGAGAAUGCACCUGUGCAGAAGAGGACUGCACUAUGCAGGCGAAGGAGGGAAUCAGCAAUGAUCUCCGCACAGCCAAGGUUUGUGAGAGUACCGAGACCAGCAAAGUGGAAUUUGUGUACAAAGUGAGACUGGACGAGUUUGUACCUGAAUUGUCCACUGACUCUUACAAAAUGCAUGUAGUGCAGGUCAUCAAAGAGGGUAGGUAUUUAUCAUAUGUAAAUCUUCUAUACUGCUCAAUCAUGAUUCCAGCAGGAAUAUGUCAGCAGUACUGUGUCAAACUACACCCUGAGCUCUCUGUCUUCUCCCAUGUUUUAAUUACAGGAAGUUUUGAUGUUGGCCCUCUGGGUAAAAAGCGCACGUUCCUCAGUUUUCAGCAUUGCAGGGAAUCUCUAGGUCUCAAACAGGGAAAAACCUACCUGGUUAUGGGCUCAUCAAAAGAUAUUCGCAGAGAUGACAAAAAGCAAAGUUAUUACUACAUGUUUGGAGAAGGAACUUGGGUUGAGUACUGGCCUACAACAGAAGAGUGUCAGACGGAUCCCACUUUCCGAACAGUCUGUUUGGGCAUGGAGGAGAUGGUUGAUCAAUAUGAAACUUUUGCAUGUCAGGCAUAAAGAAACUUAAGGAAAAUAAAAAUACUUUUACAUCCAUUGAAA